CGCAAUUUUUAUUUCGGUUUUACUCGCAUGCAAUGUCUACACAAUUCAUCGGAUAUAGUGCGGGAAUUUAGUUGCUCUCUAAGAUCGUCUGAUAAAAAUCGCUUUAACAUGUUUGAUGCUUAUUUUAUAUUUGCGCAACCCUUUAUCAGUUUCGAUAUGCAGGCUGUUAUAAAUAUUUUUCCCAAGAAAUCACGUCAAUGGACUUUAUUUAAUGUGCGUCUAAAUGGUUGUAAAUUUCUGGAAAUGGCACAUCGUCAGGCAUUUUUUCGUAUAUUCACCAAGACUUUGAAUAAGUAUAUGAAUGUUAAGAAGUUAAAGUGUCCCAUGAGGGAGAAUUUCAAUUAUACCGUAAGUGGUUUCAAAUAUGAUGAAUAUGAUUUUCCAUCUUAUAUGCCGGAGGCUGAAGUUCAGGGCAUUUUACAUGUAUUUGUUGAAAAUAAGAAAAUUGCUUUUUCAACUUUAUGGGGUUAUGUUAAAUAUUAUUAA